AGCGUCGUAUACAUUCAGAUAACGGUGUCGAGUAAUACGGAGUCCGUAAAGUCGUAGAAACUAUACAACUACCUUUUUCUUAUCGCCGUCAGUAGUUAUAAGCGCAUGCUCCUAAGCCGACUGAGACAACGCUGAGACUUCCUGGGGCAUCGGUGCUGAAUGGGUGCUGAUCGUGAAAUUCUAGCAAAUAAACUCUCCUGCCAAGCAAACGCACUUGUUAGGUGGAUUCCAGUGGGCACGUUGCUCCGCCAGUGCUACAAUAGGUGUGCGUUAUCUUUCUACCUCAGGGUGUGGAUGUUCCGAUUUAUAUACAACUAUCGUCUGGCGAAGAUCGACCUAGUCGGCUGAAUGGAGAGAACGAAGUUCGCCUACGUGACGGCCUUCGUCCUCGGCGCCGGUACGGCGGUCGCUUUUGCUUGGUGGCUCUGGAAUCGUCGCCAAAAAGAACAGCCCCCUAAAAAAUGGCGAAAGGUCGGUGAACUGAGCGAUCUGAUCGUAUUCCCAGUCAAAUCUUUGGGAGCCGUUCGUCUAAAUUCGAUGGAAUGCACACCUCUCGGUCUCAGGGAUGGCUGGCUGAGAGAUCGCACGCUAAUGGUGAUCGAUCUGGACGGCCAAUUCGUCACGGCGAGAAACAUACCCAAAAUGGUGCAGGUUUCGCCCUCGAUUUCUGGGUCGACGUUGACCCUUCGAGCGCCAGGAAUGAUGGCAGUUUCCGUUGACCUCGCCGAUCGUCUUCGAGGGAAAGGAUUCCGGGCAGCCGUGUGGGGUCAGGCCGUUCCCGCCCGAGAUUGCGGAGAAGAAGCGGCUCGCUGGCUGUCCAGGUUUCUUUUGCAGGAAGAUGCUGGUCUGAGACUAGUGUAUUAUCCGUUAGAUCGACCGUGUAGAAAUGUGCGAACGAAAAAUAAAGCCUUCCCGCUAGUCAUCGGCGAGGAUACGGGGGCGUAUCCCGAUGCAACGAGUUACACCUUGCUGAACGAGGCCUCAGUCGCUGACCUCAACAGUCGUCUCAAAGAUCCUGUUACCCCGCAACAUUUCAGGCCAAAUUUUGUUGUCAAGGGCGCAGAGGUAUUGGAAGAAGAUAGCUGGGACUGGGUAAAAAUCGGCAGCGUUGUCUUCAGAAACGUAAAGCCCUGUACAAGGUGCAUAUUCACAACGGUAGAUCCGGAAACUGGAACGAAAAAUCCAACCGUUGAACCGCUCAAGACGCUGAAAGGAUACAGACAAAUCGAAGAUCCUGCGUUGAGACCGUUUACCGGUGACAGUCCGGUGAUGGGAAUUCACCUGGGCUUGAGAUCGAACAAUGGAAAGGUCAGGCUCGGAGAUGGCGUUUUCGUCGGUGUCCCCGAGGAGGAAGAACCUCUUUAUUCGCCGCCGCUGCUUCACCGAUGGAGCUCGUGCGACCACGAAACAUUUCCCGUCGAUGGAAAAGCGACUCCUGCGGACGAUGUCGAUUCCCCCGAUUCUCCUGGGAAAUUCGGAUUGAGUGGUGGCUUGGUGGCAGAUUUGGCCAAUCUCGAGUGACAAUAAUUACAGAGAAGAUGUCAAAGUAAUUUGGAAAAGAAUUCGAGUCGAUGGAAGAAAGUUUUUUGAGGGUUUUGGAUACUAUUUACAAUUUGGUAAAAUUUUUUUUUGAUUCGAUGCGUGAUUCGGAUUAUUAGGGGUACAGGUAGAGCGAGAUAAAAUGGCGUUGAGUCUUAUUGGCUCGUCAUUACAAUGACUAUACAUAUACUCAUUGUUUAGUUAGAAUAUUUUUCACGAUACAAUUGUGAAUCUACUGUUAAGAUUUUGUAGAUCUUUUGAAAGCAGCUGAAGUUAAUUGUUGAAAAAGAGACUUCUACGAAAAUGGGUGUACCGAAUAUCGUAGGGAAAAACCUUUUUUAGAGUUUGGUAUUUUUUCAUAUAUUUCAAACGAUAUAGGAAUUCAAGUACCUGGCCUACGAACGAGUACAGCGUUUCGAAUAUGAGAAUGAAUUAAUUCUAAGAAUCUUCCGAAAAUAAAGUAAUUAUACCAUGUGUCCCAGUGUUUACACUACAGUAUGUUUAGUUGCCCACUAUCAGACGCCAAGGUUACAUACACACGGCGCUAUAGCGUGACCUUGGCGCCUGACAAUAAACAACUAGACACACUGUAGUGUAAACGCUUGGACACAUGGGACAUCAUGGACUGAUUUCGAAUUGCUAUCCAAUAACCGAGGGAGGGAAUUUGCAGCUUACAUAAAAUAUUAUAUACCUACAUAGUGAUAAAUAAAGUGUGACCACACAAUUUCCUAAGAAAA